AUGGGCGCUGAUCGUGAACUGGAAACGGAUCGUCCUCGUAGAGAGAAUCGAGUGUUUUUACUUCAUGAAUUUCGUUUGGGCCACAAAGCAACAGAAGCAACCAACAACAUAUGCAGUAUGAUGGGUGAGAAUGUACUCUAUACUCUUCCAUUGACCAGUGGAAGUAAAUGUGGAUCUUUUAAAGCAGCUCAGCGAACAAGAUCCUCGAUUGACUUUACGGUGCUUAGCAGAGUAGCUUGGGCGCUCUUCUGUUGCAGUAGGAAAACAUCUGAACGAAUUAGGGAAGGCAUGGAAAUAUGGAGUUUGGAUAAUCCACGAGUUAUCACCACAUCAGCUACAACACCGGGCUGA